UUGAUUUCCCCAUUGAAUCACUAAGCAUUCAUACUCUAUUCAUAUCAUCCAUGUGCCAUUUUUUUGUUCGUGUGCUUGCUUAUUUUCAGUUCGCAUGCCUGUUAUGAGGAUGGGAGCAAUGAAAGCAAAGAAAGUAGCCCAGAAUAUGACGUGUGCCCAAAGGCCCAUUGAAAGCCACAUUGUAGCAAUGUACCGCUCAUACACCAGCCUAUGUUCCCAGGUUAAUAGUCGGUCGAGCCCUAAGGGAUAAAUUAUCACCUCAUCUAUUUGCGCACGGAACAGGCCGUUGCUCCGGUAAUGGUCGUGCAAGCUAACCAUCAGCAAAUCAUUUUACAGACUGCAAGUGUAAGCGCCCAAGAAAGACAUUGUAUACGUUUGCAAAGCAAUUUAUGUUCAUUACAAUUGCUAGACGUCGAUGGACCCACUGGUAGGACGUCAUCCGCAUUUUCCACCAUCCUACCAGUCGUUACGCCCCUCUUCAGUUGAGUUCCUGGGCUGAGAAACAACGCAUAGUCAAGUGCAGGGCUUCAACCCGGCACAGUGAGGAUUUUCGCAAGGUCCCUGAGCAAGAACGCAUAUUAUGAAUGCUGUAUAAAGAGGACUUGGCAUCUGACUCACUCGAAAGUGACCAUGACCGCUCGGCGCAGGGAUAGCCUGCGAAUACGACCGGCGGACAACGCAGGCUUGAGGUCCCCGAAAAAGCCUCGGCAACGAGAUUUGACAAGCAGCAGCAGCAGCAGCAGCAGCAACAACAGCAGCGCGGGAUACACAAGCGAAUCGAUGACUGCCCUGCCACAAUGGAUGCGCCUGUAUUUCUACGGGAUGCACGGAGUCACGUUGGACAUCGUCCUGUCAUCGGUACGCAGGUUCCUGGAUGGCAACGAUUUCAAGCUGCUGGGGUUUUCCUCACCCUACCUCUGCAUAGUGCACUCACUGACCCACUUCGUAUUGGAAAAGGUAUAUAUGCAGAAAAAGUGCUUCCAAGGACGCCCUGUUAUUUUUCACUUUAUUUUCUACCCGUCUCUCUACAUUGGCCUGCAAAUCUUAAUUGGAAACAUAUUCACAAUAACGGACAACAUCAGGGUGGUUUCAGCGACACAGCUUGUAAUUCAUUAUAUCCUCGCGUUGUACUUUACCAAUGUAUUUCAUAAAGGGUUAUUGCACCUGCAGUAUCACAGCCCCGACAAACGGAACCAGUCAAAACUGGCGGAGAAGAAGAUACAUCUUCCUGGGCUUCCCGGCAUUUUGCGAUUUCUGUUCUUUGGCAUGCACGGUUUCUUAGACGAGAUCGUCUUCACCUCGGUCUUUAACCUGUUUGAGAAGUCAGACCGGACAUUGAGCGGACACACGUCCCUGUGGUCCUUCCUGAUGUACGGCAGCUGCAGCUUCGUCGUGGAGAAACUGUACAUGCAUUUGCACUUUGCGAGAGGAUGGGACACAUGGAUGCGGCUCCCCAUCUAUAUCGUGUUCAUCUACACUUGGGAGUUCUCGUGGGGUCUUGCACUGCGCCAGUACGACGCCUGUUCGUGGGACUACUCGCACUAUCCGCUAAAUUUUAUGGGUCUGGUGACCUUGCUCUAUCUACCCGGUUGGAUAUGCCUGAGUCUUUAUCAGGACAUCCUGUCAAAUGUUCUACUGCGUGUCGUCUGUACCGAAGAGGAGAGCUUACUUGGAACAGGUGUCAAUGGGCGCCCCUCGUCCAGAAAAGCUGGUUUUAAACGAUACAUUGAAUAGGUUUACUAAACUACUAGGGUUAUACAUGCCAUCUAGUGGUGUACACACGCGGCACACUAAUGUAUUUCCUCAGAGAAAAUGAUACGUAGCUGUAUCAACAGCUUUAUUAUCAUUCUGAUCUACGUCUUAUCACUUUGUAGUAAGAAAAAUCUGAACAACACCACAAUAAUCUUUUAAAGAACCGGUUUCUAAGAGGUGUUUUCCGUCUGUCCAUGCACCUGUACUGUACUCUCAUCACUGUAACUAA